CUCUGACGCCCCCUAUGAUCACCCCAUAGAACUGCAUCGUCCCCAUUGUGGAACCCGAGAUCCUCCCCGACGGGGACCACGACCUGAAGCGCUGCCAGUACGUCACCGAAAAGGUCCUGGCAGCUGUAUAUAAAGCUUUAAGUGACCAUCACAUCUAUUUGGAGGGUACCCUCCUGAAGCCCAACAUGGUGACCGCCGGCCACUCGUGCUCCAAGAAAUACAGCGCAGAGGAGAUCGCCAUGGCCACUGUCACCGCGCUCAGACGCACCGUGCCGCCCGCUGUGCCCGGCAUCACGUUCCUGUCUGGGGGUCAGAGUGAGGAGGAGGCCUCCGUGAACCUCAACGCCAUCAACCGCUGCCCCCUGCACCGUCCCUGGGCUCUGACCUUCUCCUAUGGCCGAGCCCUGCAGGCGUCGGCCCUCAAGGCCUGGGGGGGCAAGAAGGAGAACACCAAGGCGGCCCAGGAGGAGUACAUCAAGAGGGCCCUGGUAUGGGGUUAUAUGGGAUAUAUGGGGUCUAUAGGGUCUAUGGGGUUAUAUGGGGUGGGGGGUCCUGUGGGUGUUAUUACAUGCAGUGGCCACCAGGUGGCGCUGUGGAGUGAUGGGCUCUAUGGGUGUAGUUACAUACAGGGGCCACCAGGGGGCGCUGUGGGGUCUUAUGGGGUUAUAUGGGGUCUUAGGGGGCGCUGCGGGGUCCUACGGGGCCUCAAGGCCUGGGGGGGCAAGAAGGAGAACACCAAGGCGACCCAGGAGGAGUACAUCAAGAGGGCCCUGUGGCCACCAGGGGGCGCUGUGGAGUGA